UUCCCCCUCCAUCCUGCAGGACAUGAAGGUGAACACAGCCCAGUUCAUGGCUCUCUAUGCCUGGUAUUCCUGGCCCAAUGUGGUUCUUUGCUUCUUUGGAGGUUUUCUGAUAGACAGAGUGUUUGGAAUACGGUUGGGCACAAUAAUAUUCAGCAUCUUUGUGUGUGUUGGGCAGGUGGUUUUUGCUCUGGGAGCUCUGUUUAACGCUGUCUGGCUGAUGGACAUGGGCAGGUUCAUAUUUGGGAUUGGUGGGGAGUCCUUGGCAGUGGCCCAGAACACCUAUGCAGUGAGCUGGUUUAAAGGCAAGGAGUUAAACCUGGUGUUUGGAUUACAGCUCAGCAUGGCCAGAGUUGGGAGCACAGUGAACAUGAACAUCAUGGGAUGGGUCUACUCAAGAGUUCAAGAUCUCCUGGGUUACACUGGUCCCAGCACUCUGGGCUUGGCUCUGAUGAUAGGGGGUGUAACCUGUCUCUUCUCCCUGACCUGUGCAUUAAUCCUGGCUUACCUGGACAGGAGAGCAGAGAAACUGCUUUGUAAAGAGCAAGGGAAAACAGGUGAAGUGAUCAAGCUCACGGAUGUGAAGGAUUUCUCCUUGUCCUUGUGGCUCAUAUUUGUCAUCUGUGUCUGUUACUAUGCAGCAGUUUUUCCUUUCAUAGGGCUUGGAAAGGUUUUCUUUAUUGAGAAAUUCAGCUUCUCACCUCAAGAAGCAAGUGCAAUUAACAGCAUUGUGUACAUCAUCUCAGCCCCCAUGUCCCCAGUCUUUGGCCUUCUGGUGGAUAAACUUGGCAAGAACAUCAUCUGGGUUUUGUGUGCUGUGAUAACCACACUGGCCUCUCACAUCAUGUUGGCUUUUACCUUCUGGAACCCCUGGAUAGCAAUGUGUCUGCUGGGAGUGUCCUAUUCCCUGCUGGCCUGUGCCCUGUGGCCCAUGGUGGCCUUCGUUGUCCCUGAGCACCAGCUGGGAACUGCCUAUGGCUUCAUGCAGUCCAUCCAGAACCUGGGGCUGGCAGUGAUUGCCAUAGCAGCUGGAAUGAUCCUGGACACAAGAGGAUACUUGUUUCUGGAAGUUUUCUUCAGUGCUUGUGUUUGCUUGUCACUGAUAGCUGUGGUCGUGCUGUAUUUUGUGAAUCACCUCACAGGUGGUGACCUCAACUGGUCUGCAAAGAAAAGGGAAAAACUGCAAAAAGCAGCUGCCUCUGAAGCAGAAGAACAGGAGAGACUCAGACGUCAGAAUGAAGAUGACUUGGCUAAAUUACUGCCAAAAGCUGAUGACUUUAGUUUAAGGAAUAAAUACCUCUCCAGACUGGGAGCUCAGCUCCCAGAUAAUUACUCCUCCUAUUUAUCCACCCUGGCCCACAGAAGCGUGUUGAAAUAGCAGCUUGUCCCUGUGGAAAAUCAGGAAUGCAUCGAAUUUCCUGGGACACAACAACCCCCAGCAGGAGCAGGACGAUGCUCCUGUGCCUUGCUGCAAGACUAGAGCCUAGUUUUAAACACCCAGCUUAAAUCCUCCUUGCACUGGGGGUAAUUAGCAGAGACCCUGAUGAGGAACCAUCUGGCUCUUUGCUGGAAGCCCUGAGAACCUCCUGCACCUCCUGUCUGUGAGCAGCAGCCAAGGCUGCACCUCUCUGGGGUCAGAAAUGUGAAAAUCUGAUGGAACUGCUGUGAGGUGAGCCCUGGUGGAGCUGGGGCUUGUUCAGCCUCUCACCUGGGACACCUUUGCUGCUCCUGGAAAUGCUCUGGUUGGUUUUUCCUGUAGAAAAACCGGAGGAAAAACUCCCAGGAGAAUAUUUGAGAGGAAACUCCACAAUGCAGGAUUCCAGUUGAGGAAGAGCUACCCCUAGCAAUAACCUCAUGUGAGUCCUGAAUAAUGUGAAAACUGCUGGAUUUUUAAGAGGCUCUGCCUAAAAACCUGUGAAAAGAGUGAAAUGCAAGAACUGAAUUUUGCUUCCAGGAGGAAAAGUUUCCAGUUUCGUGGUGAAACUCAGCCCUUUCCCAUAGUUUCAGUGGAGGGCUCAGUGCUGAGCAGGGAGUUCCUGGGAGCUCCUCCAGGGUGCAUUUUGCUUGGGUUUUAAUUACUCAUCAAGGUAAUUGGAUAAGCUAUUCCUAAACUGAGCUGAUCUUGCCUUAAAAAGCAAGAGUGUGUGGCUUUGUGGAGCACAAGGUGUGCAGGGAUGUGUUCCUUGGCUGAUUCCAGCCACAAACUGCUCAGGAACCUUUGGCAAAUUGUUUGACUGCAGAGAAAAUAGUUAGAGGUAAUAAAAAUGUUACUUUAUGUGUAGAAUAUGUGUUUCUUUUCCUGCAGUAAUUUAAGCAGACCUGGAAUUCGUGGCCUUAAGAUUUUGUUUUAAGAGACUUUUCAGUGGAGAUUCUUUCACGUUCCUUAAAAACUAAAAUCACCUCCCUUGAAGGACUAAACCAGGAGUAUUUUUGGUUGAUAAUUCUGGAUUCUGAGGGACAAUUUAGGAAAACAAACAGCAGGUUGUGAACUUGCUGCUUGUGGGGAGUGGUGCCCUGACCUGGGCUGGUUUGUACUGGUGCUUUCUGGGCUCCCCCUGAGACCUGACCUCUGACAGCUCUGAUGUGGCUGGGACAGGUUGCUUUGUUUCCCUGGAGACUUGGGAAUUCUGGGUCUUUUUUAAUAAAAACUUGAAGUGGACACUG